AGGGCAACAGCUGAAACCCAAGAAUCUGACAGCCCCUCCUUACUCAACACUGUCACCUUCCAUUUCAGGUCCUAGGCUUGGUGAACAGAGAGCCAGUCAAGUCUAGACAGCUGGAGACCAAGGAUGACGGUUUUGGACUUUCAUGAAAUUCCAAGCAAGGGUUUGUACUGUUCUGCCUGCAUGUGGACCAAACAUCAUUCACCUGCUUCCAGACUGCCCAGUGGCUCUGCCUGCACUAGCAGCCCUCUUCCUAGAGAGACUCCUUGUGCUUAGAGAGCACAUUCACGUGCACCUCCAGAAGCUGUAGCCAGGAAAUGCAGCUGGUCUGCCGGUUCUUGGUCACUUGAAGUUCUUGAAAUCGAAGACUGUGAGGUCAGGGCUUUGAGUUGCCCUUUGUUCUGCAGACCACUGGGCCUCCCAAGAUGGACGCAGUGGCCCUUGAGGACGUGGCUGUGGACUUUUCCCAGGAAGAGUGGGCCUUGCUGGAUCUUGCCCAGAGGAAACUCUACAGAGACGUGAUGAUGGAAACCAUCAGAAACCUGGCCUCUGUAGUUUCUCAAAACUUUAAUAAUGGAGAAGUGUCCUCUGAAGAUACAAUACAUUUCAUGAAAAAUGACACCUGGUCCACUAUGAUAGGAGAAGUCUGUGAAUUGCCUGUCACUGAAGAUCAGAAUAAGGACCAGACUGCAUGUGUGAGAAGGCAUACAACAGAGAAUGUCAGUGAAGUUAAUGAAGACUCUCAGUGUGGACAGCCCUUCAGUUGGGUUCUAGAUCUCUCUAUGCUCAGAAGAACUCCUGUGGAAGCCUAUUCAUCUUACCGUCCGUAUGAAAAAUCUUCCAUGAAUCAUUCAUCACUUACACAAUAUAUCAGCUCUCACUUUGAAUAUGGUACCUACCAAGAUAAUGGAUGUGAAGAAGUCUGCAGUUGGCCUCCUUACCUCAGGACAUCAGUGCAGACUCUCACUGGAAAGAAACCCUAUGAAUGUAAAGAAUGUGGCAAAGCCUUUCGCUAUCCCUCAUCCCUCCGUACACAUAUGAGAAGUCACAAUGGAGAAAGGCCUUAUGAAUGUAAGGAAUGUGGAAAAGCCUUUGGUCAGUCUUCAUCCCUUAAAAGUCAUAUGAGAACUCACAGUGGAGAGAAGCCAUAUGUAUGUAGAGAAUGUGGGAAAGCCUUUCUUCAGUCUUCAGGCCUUAUUGCACAUAUGAGAAAUCACAGUGGAGAGAGGCCUUAUGAAUGCAAGGAAUGUGGGAAAACCUUUGUUCGGUCUUCAUCCCUCAAUAGUCAUAUGAGAACUCACAGUGGAGAGAAGCCAUAUGUAUGUAGAGAAUGUGGGAAAGCCUUUAGUGUGUCCUCAAAUGUCAUUCAACAUAUGAUAAUUCACAGUGGAGAAAGGCCUUAUAAAUGUAAAGAAUGUGGCAAAUCCUUUUCUCAUUAUUCAUCCCUCAUCAGACAUAGGAGAGUUCACAGUGGAGAGAGGUCCUUUGAGUGUAAGGAAUGUGGCAAAGCCUUUUCUCAUUAUUCAUCCCUCAACAGACAUAAGAGAGUUCACAGUGGAGAGAGGCCCUAUGAGUGUAAGGAAUGCGGCAAAACCUUUCGUUGGUCCUCAGACAUCUCUAUGCACAAAUACACUUGCAGUAAAGAGAAGUCUGUCUCUCCUGACAGCAUGUCCAAAGAUGCAGUGGCCCUUGAGGACGUGGCUGUGGACUUUUCCCAGGAAGAGUGGGCCUUGCUGGAUCUUUCCCAGAGGAAACUCUACAGAGACGUGAUGAUGGAAACCAUCAGAAACCUGGCCUCUGUAGUGUCUCAAAACCUGGAUGAUGGAGAAAAGCUGUCCAAGGAAAAUACACUAGUACAAUUCAUGAAAAAUGAAACCUCGUCCUCUCUGUUAGGAUCAAUCUCUGCAUUGGGUGUCACUGAGGAUCAGAAUAAAGACCAGACUGCAUCUGUGAGACAGCAUAUGAUAGAGAAUGUCAGUGAAGUUGAUGAAGACUAUCAGUGUGGACAGGCCUUCAGCUGGAUUCUAGAUCUCUCUGUGCUCAGAAGAACUCCUAUAGAAGCCUAUUCUUCAUCAUGCCUUCAGUAUCGAAAAUCCUCCAUGAAUCAUUCAUCACUUACACAUCAUAUCAGCUCUCACUUUGAAUAUGGUACAUAUCAAGAUAAGGGAUGUGAAGAAGUCUCCAUUUGGUCUUCUUACCCCAGGACACUAGUGCAGACUUUUACUGGAAAGAAACCCUAUGAAUGUAAAGAAUGUGGCAUAGCUUUUCGCUAUCCCUCUCACCUCCGUACACAUAUGAGAAGUCACAAUGGAGAAAGGCCUUAUGAAUGUAAGGAAUGUGGGAAAUCCUUUCUUCGGUCUUCAGGCCUUAUUGAACAUAUGAGAAAUCACAGUGGAGAGAGGCCUUAUGAAUGCAAGGAAUGUGGGAAAGCCUUUGUUCGGUCUUCAUCCCUCAAUAGUCAUAUGAGAACUCACAGUGGAGAGAAGCCAUAUGUAUGUAGAGAAUGUGGGAAAGCCUUUAGUGUGUCCUCAAAUGUCAUUCAACAUAUGAUAAUUCACAGUGGAGAAAGGCCUUAUAAAUGUAAAGAAUGUGGCAGAGCCUUUUCUCAUUAUUCAUCCCUCAUCAGACACAGGAGAAUUCACAGUGGAGAGAGGCCCUAUGAGUGUAAGGAAUGUGGAAAAGCCUUUUCUCAUUAUUCAUCCCUCAACAGACACAAGAGAGUUCACAGUGGAGAGAGGCCCUAUGAGUGUAAGGAAUGCGGCAAAACCUUUCGUUGGUCCUCAGACAUCUCUAUGCACAAAUACACUUGCAGUAAAGAGAAGUCUUAAGGAUGGUUUUCCACAUACUGAUGCUUCAGAUUAAAAAUUCCUUGAAGUCUCUCCUAAGAGAAAACAUCUCAGAGAGUAAGAAGGCAACAGAAAUGGAAAGAAGGGAUCAUGAAAAUUUGUGCAUUUGGGAAAACUAACAGUUUCAUUGUAAGUAUACAAAGUAUACAUCUGUCUUAAAAAGUGGCUAAUUCUUCAGUCUCAUGAGCAGCUGUGCUGGUGUGUACUUUCUCGGUUCUUGCUAAAUUUACUUCAGCUUUUUGUAUCACAGGUAAGGAUUUAGGGAGCAGUCUUGAACAUGAGUUUGUGUUUUUAAAAUUUUAAGUUAAAUUGCAAUAAAAUGUGCUGAUCUUA